UGGCCUGAAAUCCGCCGCUCCUGCCGCCGGGCGGGAGCAAGCCUGCCGGGCUGGAGCCCGUGCGCACCCCGGUCCAGUCCCUAGUCUCCGGGGAACUUGGAUUACCGAGGCCGGCGGGCCGGGGCUGGGGCCAGGCGCGCAGGAGCGCACAGCAGCCCUGGAAGCCGCGUCCGGGGCGCGGGACCAAGGGGAUCUGGCUCUUUCUGGCUCCCUAAAGACCUUUUCUCCCGAGAAAGCGCCGCUGCCGGCUCCGGGAUUCGGGAGGAGCCCGGAGUCCGUGCGGGCACCGCGCUGGGCGCUCUCCGUGUGCGCCCCGGUUGCGCAGGAGGGUCCUGAGCGGCGCGCUCGCCUCUUCUCUUCGGCUGGGGCGCGGAGAGCAGAGGGCUCUUCCCUGGGAUUCCGGGGGGACGGGAGCCUCUCACGCGGUCCUCCGUGGAGUCCUCGCACCCCUCGCCGUGUUGGUCUCGAGAGGCUCGCUGGCUGGCACCAGUCUGCAGGAGUUCUCUACUGCUUUGGUUUCUUUUCCGAUUUGGGGACAUUUCCCGCCAACGACGCUUGAAGCACCUUUCUCUGUCUUCGCGGGCAGGCUGGCGCCUCGGGUCGCCGGAGCCUGGGAGAAACCUAUCCCCGUUCGCCGACCCUCAAGUCUCUCUCCGCUUGGCCUGCCUCGUCCUAGCCACUGGCCUCGAAGGGAGGGUGCAGACGUGGCUCCUUUUUGCCUCCCUUUUGAGGGAGUGCGGUCCCCGACGGGGCCAUUGGUCUCCUAGGGGGUCUUUGUGUGUGGCGGGAUUGGGCCACCGGCCAUGGCCUUCACUUUCGCUGCUUUCUGCUACAUGCUCUCCCUGGUGCUGUGCGCUGCGCUCAUCUUCUUCGCCAUCUGGCACAUAAUUGCCUUUGAUGAGUUAAGAACGGAUUUUAAGAGCCCCAUAGACCAGUGCAACCCUGUCCAUGCGAGGGAACGGCUGAGGAACAUCGAGCGCAUCUGCUUCCUUCUGCGGAAGCUGGUGCUGCCAGAAUACUCCAUCCACAGCCUCUUCUGCAUCAUGUUCCUGUGUGCUCAGGAGUGGCUCACCCUGGGGCUGAACGUCCCUCUACUUUUCUAUCACUUCUGGAGGUAUUUCCACUGUCCAGCAGAUAGUUCUGAACUAGCCUAUGACCCGCCGGUGGUCAUGAACGCGGACACCUUGAGUUACUGUCAGAAGGAGGCCUGGUGUAAGCUGGCCUUCUAUCUCCUCUCCUUCUUCUACUACCUUUACUGCAUGAUCUACACUUUGGUGAGCUCUUAACUCAGAGACCACGCACAUCAUCAGACACUGGGAUGGGAGAGGCCUGAGACUGAGAAGUCCACUUCUGCUGGUGAUGGGAGAAGGGACCAGAAUGGGACGGCAGACGCUGGGCGAAUCGGGAGCUGGAAGCAUGCAGCAGCGGGGGUCCCGAGUUAACCGUGCACAUAUGUUGUGGCCCUCUGUGUCAUAGUCUUUGGCGUUCACAUCCCACACUCGGGUUGUAGCGAGGGCCUGGGGGAGUGGGUGACAAAACACUCAACUUCUCUGGAGCGAGAAUGGCUGCUUCCUGAAUCCAUUUCCUCGAACGGCUCCCUGCAAGUUCACACUGAGUUCCUGGACUGUGAGAGUGGAGGCUGGAAGAUGUCUGCUAAGGAACAGAACACCAGAGUCAAGGCUGAGUCUGUGGGACCCGUUGAAGGCCUCAAGGAUGUUGUGGGCUCUUGUGUUUCUUCCAACUGCUGGCCACGCCCUUCACCUCAAUGGGAGGGGCUGGAAGGUGUGCAAUUUGCUCCAGCUGGACCAACCCUGAGACUGCAGGGGUGUCUGCUUUCGUGCUGUCAUCAUGACAUCAUGAGCUGGGUUUGGGGCAGUAUGUUGGUAAUGAGUUAUGUUCAGAGUCACAGGAAUGGGGGUGUCCUGGGGAGGGGAGAAUCAUAGGAAAGAUGGUUUUUAAAAAUGUUUCCUACAUGUUCAAAGUGUUCAUUCUUCACCACAACAAGGUAUAUUCUUCUGCUGCCACUCAAAGCCACCACAGAGUCAUUGAAGGCAAAUCAAUUGGUCAACAUGAGUCUUUGAAGCUACCUUCUUUUUAAGGAUCCUAAAACAAUUCCCAGCCCAGAAAAUGCUGGAAUGUCUGCUCCAAACUGUGGGCAUCCAACAGCCAAGAAGUGAGACAACAUAGUUAUAGCUUCAUUUUAUGAUGCUGCAUCAUUUGUACUGUUUAGUUUAAUUUGAGGAGAUUAGCUUAUUCAGAAUUUUCCAUUUGACAUUCUCUCCUUUUUUGGGUAGGAGUCGUGCUGGGGGGCUGUAAUAAUGACAAGGCGGAGAUUUUUAUUAUGUUUAAAUUGAGCACAGUGAUUUUGACCUUAUUCUCCAAACUUCCCUUCUUUUCUUCUGUUUGACAUACGCAGGCUAUUUAUACAUGUUCCCAGUUUCCAUCCGAAACUUGUGACUCAGGUUUAUGAAUGGUAUUUGUGUAAUGCAUCGUGUGCUAUGUUUAAAACGCAGCGACAACUCGAGUGUGUCACCUACCUGGCUGUCUCAUUUAAACCCAUUACAGGCUGGAUUCAUCUCUGUAUGGUUGGUAAACUGAUAGGUAGAAAACGCAAAGUUUCAAAAAGGCGUGUUUCUUUUACAAAUUCUAGAGAAAAGAAAAUGCAGACUUCUACUUUGAGGCAGAAGGUAUAAAGCCAGAGGAUUUGAGGCAAUAUUUUGGGGAGCUGGCUUCCCCUUGGCAAUCCUCAUCUCCCCACUGGGUUUGGGGUUGGAGGGGAGAGUUCCCCUUAGGGCUGGUUGGCCUCAUCUCGGACUCCAUUCCUGAGAGGACCAGUUACCCUCCUCCAGAGAAACGAGCCCUGGGUUCCAGGCUGCAGACAGCAAAUCUAACCCCCCAGCCAUCUUGCAAACGCCACUGAACGGAGAGGGUCAGUGGGCCAUGUUACUUCUGACCGUGGAGCUGUUUUGUUUGUUAUUUUAGAUUUUACCUACUUUCUAAAAGGUUUGAAGUGGCUUAUAAUAGCAGACACAAGUACAGAAAGACUGUUAACAUGGAAAUAGGAAAUUUGAGUUAAUCAAGGAGGAGGAUACAGAGAUACCGACUUCCUGAACAACUGUUUACUGUAAUGGAGCUUUCAAUUUGAUAUCCUUUCUCUAGCAAUUCACAUUUACAUAGUCCUUGACAGUUUAUGUCUUUCACAUCUUCUCAUUUGACCCUCCUUACAAUCCUAUGAAGCUGAUACUAUUCUUUUUCCCAAGUGAGGAAACUGAGACUCAGAGAGGGUAAGUGACUUACCUAUAGUCACGUAGCAGUCACAGACCUACCUUUGAACCAAGUCAUCUGACUUUAAAAACCCCAUGUCCUUGCCAUCACACCUGAAAGCUGGCACAAUCGUAGAGUCCCGGUAAGUUUUGAUUAGUAGCAUUAAAGGAAAGAUUUAAAAAAUAGAGCUAUAGAGGAAGUGCCUGGUUUUCUUGCCCUCUGUGU